AUGAAGUUGCCGCCUGGCUAUGCAUCUCGAAAGGGGGACAAACUGCCUGAAAAUGCAGUUUGUAAGCUUCAAAAAUCCUUGUAUGGUCUUAAACAAGCUUCAAGACAGUGGUUCCUUAAAUUCUCUACAACACUCACUGCUCUUGGCUUUACUCAAACACACUCGGAUCAUACUUGUUUCUUGAAGACCUCCAGUGAUCUCUUCCUCUGCGUCAUUGUAUAUGUCGAUGAUAUUGUUAUCUCAAGUAACAAUGACUCUGAAGUUGAUCUUCUUAAGUCUCAACUGAAAUCUUUCUUUAAGCUUCGCGACCUUGGCCCUAUGAAGUAUUUUUUGGGUCUUGAGGUAGCUCGUUCCACUGAUGGCAUUCAUAUCUGUCAAAGAAAGUAUGCUUUGGAUCUCCUUGAUGAAACAGGUCUUCUCGGUUGUAAACCAUCAAGCAUUCCUAUGGAUCCAUCUGUGAAACUUUCUUCUGAGACUGGUGGUGAUUUCGUUGAUGCUGAGGCUUAUCGUCGUCUUGUUGGACGCCUCAUGUACUUGCAGAUUACGAGACCUGAUAUUACCUUUGCGGUAAAUAAACUCAGUCAGUUCUCUUGUGCUCCGCGUGACAGUCAUCUCAAAGCUCUCCUGAAGGUCUUGCACUACAUCAAAGGAAUUGUAGGUCAAGGCUUGUUCUAUUCUUCUAAGGCGGAGAUGCAGAUACAAACAUUUGCUGAUGCUGACUGGGGUUCAUGUCAAGAUACACGGCGUUCUACUUCUGGUUCAUGCAUUUUCCUUGGUACGUCUCUUAUUGCAUGGAAAUCUAAGAAGCAAUUUGUUGUGGCUAAGAGCUCUGCUGAAGCAGAAUAUCGGAGCUUAUAUAUCCCUUAUCUCUGA